UAUAACAAGGAGAUGCUGUUUCAUGUUUCAACAGUCAGCUUGUUUUAAAAAAAAGUUUAGGAUUUGAGCUAAUGAUUGAUCACAUAUGCUUGUUGCUUUUAGUAUUGUUCGUGUUUUAUUGUACUCUGUAGUUUAUCACACAAUUGAAAGACUGUCAAAAAUGGAGCCUGUUACUUCAACUGAAAACCUCUCAUCUGAGAGUUUAAGCCACACAGGCCUCCUGUCUCAGAUGGGAUACACAAUAUUGGCCAUUAUCAUGGGAGUGCUCUCUUUGGCGGGAAUCAUCCUCAACAUCCUUGUGAUAGUGGUGACAGCGAGACACAGAAAGUUAAGGCAGCCGUUAAGCUAUGCUCUGGUUAACCUUGCUGUAUGUGACCUGGGCUGCGCUUUGUUUGGAGGGCUACCCACAACAUUCAACGGCAUCAUGGGGCAGUUCAGCCUGGGACGGUUGGGCUGCGUGUUUGGGGGCUUUGCUGUCGCCUUUUUUGGUAUAUCAGCUCUGUGUACAGUGGCUGUUAUUUCUGUUGAACGUUACAUUGUGGUGUGUUAUCCUAUGGGAGCUGUUCUUUUCCAGACCAGGCAUGCGGUGGCAGGCGUGGUUCUUUCCUGGGUCUGGUCAUUUGUGUGGAACACCCCACCUCUGUUUGGGUGGGGAAGUUUUGACCUUGAAGGGGUUCAGAUUUCCUGUGCACCUAACUGGUAUAACCGUGAUGCUGCCAACAUGUCCUACAUCAUCCUCUACUUCUCUCUAUGCUUUGCGGUGCCCUUUUCAGCUAUCAUGGUGUCCUAUUCCAAACUUUUAUGGACCCUUCGUCAGGUCUCUAAACUGCAAACAUCUGAGAGCGGAAGCACUUAUCGUGUGGAGAGGCAGGUUGCUCGCAUGGUUGUGGUGAUGAUUCUGGCUUUCCUCAUCACAUGGCUGCCUUAUGCAGCAAUGGCCUUGGCCGUCAUCAUGGACCCCAGUCUUAAUAUAGACCCCAUCGUCGCCACCAUACCGGUUUAUUUAGCCAAAAGCAGCACCAUCUACAACCCCAUCAUCUAUAUUUUCAUGAACAGACAGUUUCGUGGCUGUGCUAUUGCUGUUCUUCAGUGUGGAUGGAGCCCGUGGCCCUCUGAAGCCCAAAUAUCUGAUGCUGCCACCAUUGUAGCAUCAGUCAACAAAAACAACAAAGCUGUAGUGGAACAAUCUCCAAAAGAAUAA